AGCCUAGAAGGAUCAUCAUAGUUUGAACUACAUUACCCACAAACCACUUGCAAGACGAGAGGAAGUGACGUUUUGAAAUAGUGUUCUCGUUCAGCGAUGGCUGACAUGGCGGCUCCCGUAAGGAAUCACGUGUGGGUUGGAACCGAGACCGGAAUUCUUAAAGGAAUAAAUCUGCAUAAGAAACAGGCACUAAACUACACAGAAGUGAAUUCCAUAAACAGAGGACAGGAAGUUAACGCCAUGUGUUGGGGAGAUCCCCAGGAAUCCGAGAUCCUGCUCGGGUGCCGUGAUGGGAAAGUGCGAGUUUUUAGUACAGAAAAAUCAAAAUUUAUAGAAAUUCACGAGUGUGAAGAAGCAGAGGCGGUCUUUCGAGGUCUGGCGGUGCUAGAUAAUUCUUUUAUAACUUGCGCAGAGUCAGGACUUCUGAAAGUAUGGAAGGAAGGAUCCUCUGAGAAUCUGGAGGUUCAGGUUGGACCUGGGGUGGAGCGGAUGCGUCAGUGCGGUACUCAUCGUCACAGAGUGGCUACAGGGGGCAAAGAGAAUGACCUGAAAAUCUGGGACCUGGAGAGGGCCGAGGAACCGAUAUUUAGGGCAAAGAAUGUGAGGAACGACUGGCUGGAUCUUCGUGUUCCCGUCUGGAUUCGAGAUCUAGACUUUAUCCCGGGGUCGGAGAAAGUUAUCACCGGCACAAGUCAUCACCAGGUUAGAAUAUAUGACCCCAGCACUCGUCAGAGGCGUCCAGUUCUAGAGGUGCUGUUUGGUGAGGAUCCGAUUACUGCUCUGAGCGUCACUCCAGAUGGAAGGUCAGUGGUGGUUGGAAACUCUCAUGGGAAUAUGGGUGUCAUUGAUUUGAGAAAAGGCAGUCUCCUGCGAUGUCUAAAGGGAAGUGCGGGUUCUGUAAGGUCAAUACAGUGUCACGCUUCUCUCAGUCUUGUGGCGACCUGUGGCCUGGACAGGUUCCUUCGGAUACACAACUACGCUGACAAGGAACUGCUGCACAAGGUCUACUUAAAAUCUCGGUUAAAUUGUCUUUUGUUCUCAUCCCAGGAGAAAUGGGAGGAGGAAAAUGACACAGACCUUUUAGAAGAUGGCGUAAAGGACGAGGAGGAUGAAGUCUGGGACACUAUGGAGACUGUUACUGACAAAACUGUCAACAAGCGACUGAAAGAAGAGAACCGGACAGAAGAAGAAACCCCCAAAUUAAAGAAGAAACGAAAAUGAAUUUGAAUUGCUGUAUUCUCGCAUUUAAUAACCUUGAAAACAGACGCAUCUAGCUGGUCAAUUUGCUUAUGGACAUUGCGAGGAAUCCCUGCUGUGAGGGGAAAAGUGACCUUGUAUAUGUGUGAUAUAUUGUCUGUGUAUAGGACAGUCAUGACAGGUCUUCAGCUGUAACAGAUAUUCUAUAAGAAUGUGUCACAUUCUUAUAUACAGAAGGAAUACAAUUAUUGUAUAUAUCAUAGAGCUGUACAAUAUAUCAUCAAAAUCAUGUUGCAAAGUGUAUUUUAAUGUGGUUGAAAGGAUUUCCAGUUUACCAAUAGAAUGAACUACAGAAGCAGAGGUUUUUAUUUGAUUUGUUCAUUAAAGGGACAUUUUGACAUACAAUUCCAUUGCCUAGCUUAUAUGUUUAAAGAGAUAUAAAACAUUGUUUUAAUUAAAAAAGCCCAAAGCA